AACCCCUCUCACAGACAAUCACGCAACACCAGAGGAAUUAUUAGAGCUCUCACUGUAAUCCCAUCAUGAGGUUCUCCGUGAAUAAGCUGGCUCCGGCGCUGGUUGCUCCCUCCGAGCCAACGCCAUCAGGCAAUCUCCCCCUCUCCUCCAUCGACCGAACGACGGCGGUAAGUGUCACCAUCGACUUGAUACUGGUGUUCGAACAUGGCGAAGAGCCGGCGAAGGUCAUAAGGGAAGCCUUGUCCAAGGCCUUGGUCCCCUAUUACCCUGUCGCCGGCCGGAUCGUUGAGCCCAGCCCCGGGGAGCCGGAGGUGGCUUGCACUGGGGAUGGUGUAUGGUUUGUGGAGGCAUCGGCGAAUUUUGGCCUCAAAGAUGUUAACAACCUCGAACGCCCUCUCAUGAUACCCAAGGAAGAGCUCCUUCCAUGUGCUCCUCCUGACGUAAACCCAGGGGAUGCGAUUCUGAUGAUGCAGGCUGAAUUUGUGGCAUGUUAUGGAGCUACGGUCCAAGCCAUUUGGUUGAGGAAUUUUAUUUCAGAACUGAAAGUUGUUGAUUCCAUCUCGAGACCAAUUACUAUCUACUAUGACAAUAGUGCAGCGGUGUUCUUUUCAAAGAAUAACAAGAGUUCUGGUGGCUCUAAGCAUAUAGACAUCUAGUACUUGAUGGUCAGAAAUAAAGUUAAAGAAGAGCAGACAAAAAAAGAGCAUCUAAAUAUAGAGGCAAUGAUUGCAGACCCAUUGACUAAGGAACUUGCACCGAAAGUCUUUAAGACACACAUUGCUAAUAUGGGCAUUGUGGAAACCUUUAAUGUUAUUAGUUAGUGAGAGUUAUUUAUGUAAAAGAACUACAUUUUGGCUUGAUCCCUUUGUACGGGGUACGUAGGCAACCCAUAUGCUUCGGGUACAGCCUCUUUCAAUAAUCAUAACAUUUAUCUCUCCAUUUAUAAUUCUAUAUUUUGUGCACAAAAAUUAUAAUUAUAUUUGAGCAUGCAUUUCACAUAUGUCUUUUAUUAUGAUAUCAUUUUGAUCUAGAGAUAUAAUGCAUAAAGACAUGAUGUGAGUCUCUUUUGAGACAUGUGGC